AUUUAGUACGAAGAACAAGAAAGUUCCUAAAUCUCGUCGAAAGAGAUUAACGUUUGUGUCUUUUGCACGAAAUUUCGUGUUCUUCUUUCCUUCACAUUCAAUCAUCAACAAACCGUGUCCAAGAAGAUAAGAUCACAAAUUUCUCAAUCAAGAAUCCCGAAAAGAAGAAAAUUUCAACUUCAAUUCAUCGCAUUCAAGAACGUCACUUUCUCUCUCUACACUUUCUCUCUCCUCCCAUCUCUUCAAAUACCAUCAAUGUCUCAAUCUCAAUUUCAAUCUCAAUUUCAGUUUUUCCCAUUUUCAUUCAUUCUAUAACAAACCCAUUUGCACAUUCUACUCAAAUCUUCAUCCAAACAAGAUAAACAAUGGAAGAUUCAAAUGGGUCAACAAUUCAUCAUUCACUUCAGAAGCUUCAUUGUUCUGUGAAGAAUUACGAUUGGGGAUUACCAGGUCAACUAUCUCAUGUUGCAAAGCUCUCUGAGCUGAAUUCUGGGUUUCAAUUUGAUCCAAUGAAGCCUUAUGCUGAGCUUUGGAUUGGUACUCAUGAUUCGGGUCCUUCUUUUCUUGUUUCUGAUGAUGGUGAAGAGAGUGUUACUCUUAAAGAUUGGAUUUUUAAUAACCCUGAUUUGCUUGGUGAUAAAGUUGUUCAGAAAUGGGGGUCUGAUCUGCCUUUCUUGUUUAAGGUGUUGUCUGUGGGAAAGGCUUUGUCUAUACAAGCUCACCCUGAUAAGGAGUUGGCUAGGAGGCUGCAUAAACUGCAUCCUGAUGUGUAUAAAGAUGGGAAUCAUAAACCUGAGAUGGCUCUUGCAAUGACAGAUUUUGAGGCCCUUUGUGGAUUCAUCACUCUUGAGGAGCUUAAAGCUGUGAUUCAUAAUGUUCCCGAAGUUGUCGACCUCGUCGGUGAUGCAAACGCAGAUCUAGUCUUGCAAACUAGUGAUCAGAGUGAUGAAGAGAAGGUUAAACCUGUUCUACAGGCAGUGUUCACUCAUCUUAUGUCAACUAGCAAAGAAAGCGUAACCGAAGCAGUGAACAGAUUGAUAAAUCGGCUUCAAUUAGAAAGCGAGGUGAGGCCAUUGACAGAAAAGGAGCUGCUCGUGCUGCGGUUGGAGACUCAAUACCCGUCUGAUAUUGGCGUGAUAGCGGCUUUCUUUCUAAACCACGUAAAACUCAAUCCUGGUGAAGCAUUGUUCCUCGGAGCAAACGAACCGCAUGCGUAUUUAUCAGGGGAGUGUAUUGAAUGCAUGGCAACUUCUGACAACGUUGUCCGAGCCGGUCUCACUCCCAAAUACAUAGACGUCCCGACUCUUUGCUCGAUGCUCACAUACAAACAGGGUAUUCCUGAGAUUUUACAAGGAGUUUCUAUGAAUCCAUACGUAAACAAAUAUAUCCCACCGUUCGAGGAAUUCGAGAUCGAUCAUUGUACUCUCCCGAAAGGCGAAAGAGUGGUGUUCCCGGCCGUUCCAGGUCCUUCGAUCUUUUUGGUCACGGCCGGGGAAGGAACGAUGAACACAGGAUCACCUGAAGUUUAUGAAAUCACCGAAGGUGAUGUUCUUUUCGCUCCGGCUUAUACCGAGAUUAGCGUCGCAAGUGAGUCCGAGUUGCAUCUGUACAGAACAGGGAUUAAUAGCAAGUUUUUUGAAGAAUCUUAAGUUUAUUUUUUUAAUUGUCUUAUAAGUUAAUAAUGAGAGUAAUAAGAUCAUAUAGGUUGAGAGAAAAGUUCAUUCUAGAGAGGUUUGUUUUCAUGUAAUUUGUUCAUUAUUUAUCAUUUUAUUUAUUUAUAAAUAAGUGAAGUGCUUCCAAAUAUA